AUGAGACCUAAAAAUUUGAGACCGUUGUCUGCCUACCUUAAACCAAAAGCAAAAGACCUUCCGUGUCUCUUUGCAGAGUUAGUUGAAAAGUAUAGUGAAGCUGGAUUAAAAUCAUGUGAAGAGAAUAAAAGAUUUCGAUCUGAUACUAAUGAAGAUAAUGUGAUUGCUUCCAUUCGAUUCGAUACUGAAGAAGAUAAUGAGAUUGCUCCCGUUAAUCAUUCUGAUGUAAUUCUUGAGCUUGAUAAGGCUAAAAGACUUUUGGAGCUUAAUCAAUUGGAAAUUCAGCAAAAGUCACGAUCAAUAAUAGACCUUAAUAAUCAAAUCAUACAAAUGCGACAACAACUAGAAGGUCAAAGAAUCGAAAUAGAAGACUUAAAUAGACAACUACAGAAAGCUUAUGAGGAUAUGGCCGAGAUUCAUAAUUUAUAUAACGAACAAUUGAAAGCAGAGCGUGAAUUUUUAUUUGGUGAUGUAGAAUCAUUAAUCAGAAAUAAUGAAAGGUUUUCUAUAGAGAAAAUUAUGACAUACACUUCGCAAGAUUGGCUCAAUAAUCGUAACCAGGUUGUUGUUAAAUUUAUUGAAACUCUUAUUCAUAAUAAUCAAGACACUACUUUGAGUAAGGAAAAAUUUUUUAAAACUGCUGUUGUGAUUGAUGCAAUAUAUGGAGCACAACAUGGAAAAUAUGUGUCAGAAAUUCAGCUUGCAGCCUCAGCUGUCAAAUAUUCAGUUGCACAAUCAAAGAUGAUUAUUAAUAUCGAUAAUCAUAUUACAAGUUCUGGAAGUUAUUCUCAGUUUCAAAAAUGGCUAGAAGAAUUUUUUGUUGCUUUCAAUAUGACAUCACAAAAUAAAAUUCAACAUACUGAUACACCUUGA